CUCACUCUCGGCUAUGGCGGAGGCCUCGAUUGGGAGGCAAAGCCCCAGGAUCGUGUCUUAUCCUGCACAUAACUUAUGUUCUGGGCGAUCCAAUCUUCAUACCACGGCAGUGGUGUCUAUGGGCUCAGCUGACCAUCGAUUCAACCUGGCUGAGAUCCUGUCCCAGAACUACGGAGUACAGGAAAAAACGGAGGAGGCCGACGAGGAGCCAGACCACGCAGAGGAGAAAGCGAAGCCUUUGGAAGAGAUAGAGAAGAGUUUCAAUGCCGCCCAGAACAGUGAGAUGCCCUUUGAAGAGCUGCUGGCCCUGUACGGCUAUGAGGCUUCUGACGCCAUCUCUGAGCAGGAGAGUGAGAGCAACGAUGCUACGCCCAACCUUCCAGACAUGACCCUGGAUAAGGAGCAGAUAGCAAAGGAUCUACUUUCUGGAGAAGAAGAGGAGGAGACGCAAUCUUCGGCAGAUGACCUGACGCCUUCGGUCACUUCUCACGAUGCAUCAGACCUCUUCCCCAAUCAGACCGGCUCUAAUUUUGUGGCAGAUGGAGACAAGGCUCCUUGUUCCUCCCCUUGUGCUUCCUUCUCAGCUGAAGACUCCGAAGAAGAUUCCAUCGCUCCUAAUGACUGCAAGAAGGAGAUCAUGGUGGGACCUCAGUACCAGGCCAUUGUCCCUCUCUUGGACUUGAACCGGCAGGGCGAAAAAGUCUAUGAAAAUGAUGACCAGUUGCUGUGGGAUCCAAACAUCCUUCCGGAGAGGGAGGUGGAAGAAUUCCUCUUCCGAGCUAUCAAGAGGAGAUGGGAUGAAGUCUCCAACGCCAGGCUUCCUGAAGGAGAGAUGGUGAAGGAUAACGAACAAGCCCUCUACGAAUUGGUGAAAUGUAACUUCAAUGCAGAAGAAGCUUUGCGGCGACUCCGGUUCAACGUGAAGGUCAUUCGAGAUGAGCUCUGUGCCUGGAGCGAAGAAGAAUGCAGGAACUUCGAACAUGGAUUCCGGGUGCAUGGAAAAAACUUCCACCUUAUUCAAGCCAACAAGGUCCGGACCAGGUCAGUAGGCGAAUGCGUGGAAUACUAUUACAUAUGGAAGAAAUCGGAGCGGUACGACUACUUCACCCAACAGACGCGGUUUGGAAGGAAGAAGGAUUACGUGGAUAACUUUUUAGAUGGCGGGGAAGUGGAAAGCGCCAGCCGCGCGCGAAGCUCUCCGCCCAUUGCGUCGGCCGCUGGCUGCCUGGACUCCUGUUUCAAUCCGGAUCAUUUAACAAUGGAGACGGCAGAUCCAUUGAGCAUUGAAAGCGCAGCCUGCAGUCUCGGCAGCACCAGUGAAUCCGGGCAUGGCUACGAGUGCAGCACGCCUUCAGAAACAAACUGUUCCUUUGACCCCCCCGAGGAGGUGCCCCCCGCCAGCCGUGUCCCAACGUACCUUCAGCACCCACCAAAUCCCUCCGAAGCCGGAUUCUACCAGAUGGCUGCGACGGACAAGCAGGAAGAGCCCUUGCAGUGCUCGGGAGAAGCUAUCACCGUGGACUUCACCCCACUCCCCGAGAGCGUCACGGAAAGGUUACCUUUAAUUUCCAGCCACGCGGGACUGGAGGGAGAUCCAGAGACGUUGGUGGCCCCUGCGCAAGUGUCCUUAGCUGUCCCCGAUUUUCAGCCUCCUGGGUCUUGGAGAAGUCGAUAGCCUCCUGACCACUCCACAAUCCUGUCCGGCACCCGUAGCCCAUUCAGACUCAGUGUCUCAGUGACAGCAGCCAUCAAGAGGUCUUUUAUAGGCCAGGAGCUGACUCGUAUUCUGGGGGAGACGAGGGGACGAGAGAUCAGAAAUCUUGGCUUGAUGAUGAUCUUUCCUGGUCCUCGGUGACAAACGUGCUGCUUCUCCCCUUCCGAAAUCCGAGGAGCGCCGGUUCCCCGCCAGCCAACCCCACCCCUGGCAGUUCCAGUGUCUCUCCAGCAAAACCAAACACCUCCGUCACAAUCUCCUGUGCACCUAUCGCAGGAGCUGGCCGAAGGGAACUGUGACCCCCAUGGGGUCAUCACGGACGGGGACCCCCUCAAAGCCAUGCGGGACAGACCGAGUCUUCCCCCCCCCACCCGCCGUCUCCACAUUCAGCCAAACCCCUCAGAUUGCCAGGGGAAGGCGCUUUGGCCCCAGAACGGACACUCUGUAGGGAGGAAGGCUGGCCGCGAGCACUUUGAAGAGGGAGGGGGCUGGACGGGGGUGGAAUGCAAGGUUUCCUGGAGCGCGGGAACUAGGCGUAAAAAUGCAUCGGGUUCCUAAUCACCGGAGCAAAAUAGGGUAGAGAAUACCUGAAUUUUAGUUUCAUCAAUGUCAGGACUGGUACCUCCCGCUAGUUCAGGUCUUUUCCGUACACCUGAUUCGGUGUGGGUGGGUGAGAGCGUCCGAGUGUGUUGCUAUACAUGCGCACACGGGCACGUGCGUACGUGAGACGACUUGUUGCCAAAUU